ACACAUACUCCUCCUGUUACACAAGAGGUAGCAGAUUUUACACACCAUUCUUCCCUUGCUUUUUAAACAGUUCGUCAUGGAGAUCCCUGCAUGCAACAUACAGAGAUAAUCCUUAGUGUGUCCUUGGUCCAUGUUCACACUGGGCAUUCCCAGCAUGUGCCACUCGUGCCUGGUGGGGCUGGAGUGUGCCCGUUGGAGUCCAUUUGUCAAAGACUCCAUCCUGGGGAGAAAAGGAGGCAGGCACAUCGGGGGUGAUCCUGUAAUGAAGCUGUGGCUGUUUGGAGGGGUGGGUAUUCCUGAGGACAGUGUGGUGGUUGUUUCUGGAAUCUUCCCCUUCCCUAUCCCUGGACACCUGUCUAGCUCCUGGGAUAAGAGAGGCAGUCAGCAAAGGCUGCUGAGUUUUCUCAUUGCAAACUCUGCUGGAGGGCGCUGUUCACAAAGUGACAUGAUAAUAAAGGGAGCUGUGUCUCCAGGCUCCCUUCCCCACAUGCACCUUCUGGUCGCAGCCCAGGGCUCCACAUGGAGUCAGACUGUGUCCAGUGGGAGAGGCAGCGGAGCUGCUCAUGAUCACAUGGGAGAAACCUCUCAGGGCGCCUAGCAGCGGUGGCAAGAUGGGAAGGAUGGGAUUUAUCCAAGGGCUAAGUGACCACUGAGUGCGCCACUGAGCAGUAAAAGACAAACAAACCACCCUAAAUUAAUCUAAUAUGCAGCCAGUGUAGAAACCCCUUCUUUUCUAAGUUCAUCUCUUAUAAUAACUUGUCCAACACAACCAAUAGCAGCCAACAUGCAGUGCUAACAUUGUUUUUAGCAUCUUCUUCUGAAGUGAUAAGUUCAUUAGGCUGUGUCAUCUGUUGGUGACAGUGCUGUCAAAUGUUUGCCACUUCAUAACAUGAACCUCCUUCCAUCCAGCUUUGUUUAAUAUCGUCUUCACUGCCCUCUCCCUUCACUGCCCUCUCCCUUCACUGUCUCUAAGCCAGUUGCACAUACUUUGGUGUUUUAUUUCAGCAUCAGAAUUCUUCCAGGAUCUUCUAGGAUAGGUUAGGUUAUGGUUGGGUAGCAAACAAAGCUCCAGCAAAAUCUUAGUGACUUAUAACUACGAAGGAUUUUUUUCUCACUAAAGUUACAUAGACUUGGAAGCUUACUUAGUAACUUAUCUUUUUAGCUUUUAGGUCUCUGAAUCGAAAGGUACCACAUCCUGACUUGAUGCAGAGACUACUGUGCACCCCCCAGGGGCCUUGGACUUGACAUUGUGAUAGUCUGGGACUUUGUUUGGUUGUCUCCUUUGGGGAGUGGAGAGUGUACAUUGCCUAUGGGACAGACAGUGAGUCAAAUGUUUGGCAAGAUUUCGUUCGUAGCCACAAGUGCUGCUCCCAGAUUAUUUGGGGUGUUGGCCUUCUGGGCAUGUCCUGGAUGGUACUUCCCUUCCCGCAUAGGGUCAGGAGUGAACUGCUUUGGACAACGGAUUGUGUGUGGAAGUUACACAGGUCCUUUCCAGCUGGAAGCUUGAAGAGCCUGUGUGGCUACACAGUGGCUGUUCUCUCAGCUGGGACCUGGAGAAAGAGGACAUGGGGCAGAGCCCCCAGGUGGCGUGGUGAGAAUUAAAGUCUUAUAUUUUUAAGUGCUAAGGUUUGGGGUAUUUGUGACCACAGUGUGUGUCGUUUUGAGGUUGUUCUUACUACUAUGCUAUCCUGACUGAUAUAGAAGGAAAUGCCCCUCUUCUGCUUGGCACAAAGUGGUGCUUGGAGUUGCAGCAUCCAUCUGAUGACUGAGAGAUAAAGAUAACACACUGAGAAAGGAUGCUGGAGAAGAAAGAUGGAAAGGGAACCUGGGUCCCUGGGGUAGAGCCACUGAGUUAGCCCUUGGGCUUUCCUACCCCCAGCCUCCCUGUUAUAUGAGAAGCCAAAGUCCUUAUUCAUGGCCUCUGGUAGGUAUUGUUACUUGCAGCUGCGCAGGUGGUAUGGUGGACAGAACAACGGCCCACCAAAGACGUCCAUAGCCUAAUCCCCAGAACCUGUUAUGUUAUCUCACCUGGGGAAGGGGAUAUUAUUGAUGUGAUUAAAUUACAGAUAUGGAAACAAGGAGAUUAUCCUGAAUUAUCUGGGUGGGCCCAAUGUAAUCACCAGAGUCCUUCUAAGAGGGAGGCAAGAAGGUCAAAAUCAGCAGACCAGCAAGGAAGCAGAGGUUGUUGGGAUGCACUUUGAAGAUGGAGGAAGGGGCUGGGACCCUACAAAUGCAGGCAACUUCUAAAAGCUGCAAAAGAUGAGGAAAGGGAUUUUCCUCCUGGAGCCUCCAGGAGGGGUCCCGCUCUGCCAACACCUUGAUUUUUAGUCCUGUAAGAUCCAUUUUAGACUUCUGACCUCCAGAACUUUAACAAUAAAUGUUUGUUACUCAAGCCGUAGGAAACUGAUACAAGUGAUGUCCAUUAACCCAAUGACAGCAGACAGCGACCCAACUGCCAGCUACACUACACCCCCAAGAGUCAUCUCCCCAGCAGGGUGGUCUUUGGAAGCUAACAUUUCCUUUAUACUUAAAAGGAGAAUCAAUAAAGUAUAUGAGACUUAGAGAGAGGAGAGGAAUGAACAUUGGUCACUUGUUAAAACAACAGAAGGAGGGUGCUGGGAGAUGAGUUAGUGUUUGUUCAUUGCCUUGUUCUGUUUGCAUCUCCCAGCUACUCUGCAGGCCCGGGCCACCCCCAGAUUACAGUAAUAUUAAAGUUCAUAGGAAUGCCCAGUUUGGGGGUGGCAAGGCUUUGAGCUGAGCUGCAGCUGAGUUGGGACUGUAACAGGGAAGAGCCAAAUCAGACUGCAUGUUGGAUCUGUUUCUUUUACUUUAACCUUUGCUUUCGCUGCUUUUGUUCACUAAAAGGAUACUGUCUAUACACAGUGGCCUGCCUCGGGGAACCCUGCCCCUCUGCCUGAACGUUAAACCAAAGUGCCUUUGUUCAGGGAAACAUCUGGACCCUGUCCACCUGUGGCUGGUUACAAGAAAGCAGAAAUUAACGCAUCCCCUCCCUGAGGCUGGCCAUUCCAGGUGAUAUUUGCAAAACUUACACCUUUUUACUUCCUUGUCUCCUCCCCCUCUCUGUGCUAUAAAAGAAACUGGCAUCCAAACUCCCAUAAGAUGGUUGUUUUGAGACUUUGCCAUCUUUUCGGCGUGCUCUCUUUCAUAAUAAGGUCAUAUUCCUUGCCUCAGCACCUCAUCUUCCAUUCAUUGGCCUGACCCCAGAGAGCAGAGCGAGCUUGGACUACGUAAGGAGACCAGAGCAUGGCCUGGGGCAUCUUGGGUCUCGGUGGCAGAGAGGCUGGCACAGGAGGUCCUCUGAGUAAGAUGUCACAGCUCUGAGCAACCAGGACCCCCGUGCCCACAGCGUACCCUGUGUCUACCUCACCAACUCCCCCUCUAGGGUUCUAAUACUUCUUGUGGGUCAGCGACUGGAGGGACAACUGAGCCGUGGGCAUGGGCGGCAGAAACUAAAGCCCCAGGGCCAGGCAGUAGAGUUUGUUCCAGGGGAGACCUCUGUAAGAGCCCAGAUUCCCUGGCCUGUUCUUUCUUCACUUGGUGCCCAGGGAGUCGGUCGGGGCAGGGCCAGCGCGGGGGAGGGAGGGGACGAGCAGUUGAAGAGGGAGGAGACUGGGUGGCUGUGUGUGGAUGAGAGGGCGUGCGCUUCUCGGCCCCAAAUGCCAGCAGCUGGAGGAGGUGCGCAGGGAAGCGGCCCCGCGGACGCGCCAGAGGACGGGCGGCGCGAUGGAACCGGUGCCGGACCUGGGGCUCGGGGACUCGUCCUUGCACCGCUAUCUGGACUGUGAGUUCUGGAGCCUCAAGAACGAGCUGCGCUGGCUUCUGGGCGGCUGCCCGCUCUUCCAGCACAGGUAUGAUUUGAGUCUGGAUGAAAUGAGAGCUUUGACAUUUCAGAGAGUGAUGUUUACCAUGGGUCUGCCUCUGAUAAAACGUACAAUUCAGGAUCAGGCAGAGAAAACAAAGAAUUUUGUCAGUCGGAGCCUGGUCAUAGGAGAAGUCCUCUUAGCAGACAUGGCCCCAGGAGUAAAGUGUGGAAUAAUUUGCUGGCUAUUUGGUGGUACCAUCAGGAAGCUCGGAAGCCCAGCACGUGUAGCUAAAUGGCUUCAGCCACUCCAGGAGCAGAAAUACACGGGGAUGUUUGCAAUGACCGAGAGGGGCCACAGGAGCAACGUGAGAGGGAUCCGGACAGAAGCCACCUUUGACCUCUCUGCACAGGAGUUUGUAAUCGACACACCGUGUGAAAAUGCUGAGAAGAUGUACAUUGGAAACGCCAUGUACAGGAAUUAUGCAGCAGUCUUGGCCCAGCUCAUCAUAAACGGAAGAUCUCAAGGGCCCCACUGUUUCAUCGUUCCUGUCCGCGAUGAAAAUGGAAGCAUGUACCCAGGAGUGACAGCUAUUGGUAUGAUGUAUAAAGAAGGUCUGCAUGGUGUUGAUACCGGGAUUCUGAGAUUUGACAAGGUUCGGAUACCAAGGGAGAAGCUGCUGGAUAAGCUUGGUUCUGUGGCUCCAGAUGGGCAGUACCACUCCCCCAUUAAGGACAAGAGUGCAAGAUUCAAUGCCACGUUGGCGGUGCUGACCCCUUCGAGACUGGCUGUGACUUUCCAAGCUACAGGCUCUAUGAAGCUUGGGUUGACGAUAGCCAUUCGCUAUAGCCACAGCCAGAGGCACUUUGGGCCCAAAGCCAAGGAAGAGGUCAAGAUUAUUGAGCACCAAACACAGACCCUGCGGCUGAUGCCUCACCUGGCUACGGCCUUGGCCCUGUCCUUCGCCAACAGGUAUGCCGGCAUCCUUCUGGACGAGGACGUCUUCCGAGGUUAGGAGCUUGUCGGCAGUCGCCCGCUGCAGGUGCUGGUGGCAGGGCUGAAGGCCUACAGUACCUGGGAGAACAUCGGCUACCUGCAGGACGGCCGAGAGUGCACCGGAGGCCUGGGUUACAUGAUGGAAAACCGAAUCUCAGGCUUAAAAUGUGACACAGAUAUGUUUGAAGGUGACAGUGUUGUAAUGCUGCAGGUUGUGGUUCAGGAACUGCUGGCUCAGUACACCAAGCAGUAUGAAGAAAGACCCAUCUCCAGCCUGCUCCAAAACUGGACGGAAUCAGGGGGUGACAAGCUGAGAACCAGUUUCCUGGCGUUUAACAUGGACAGAGUCGGUAAUCUCGCCUUUCUGUUGAAAGCAGUCAGUUUUCAUGAAAGGGUUCUUCAGCGGGGUUUGGUGGCCCGGAUUUAUUAUAAGGUGACGACCGAGAACGAGGACUUUUCCAGUGCCUGGAACUCAUGUCUUCACCACGUCACCUGCCUGUCUCUGGCACACAUUCACAGAGUUACUUGAGAGCAGUUCUCCCUGCCCGGGAGGAGCUGUCCUGAAGAGGACCAGGCUUUGUUAAAAAAGUUUUGUCUGCUAUAUGGAACCAAACUGAUGUUCCAGGAGCAAGCCUGGUAUCUAGAACAUAAAUAUUUGACUCCCCUGGCCAGCAUGAAGAUUAGGCGUCAGUUGCUCUAUUUGUGCAACUCACGGAAGGAUGAUGCCCUGAGGGUGAUCUCCGCCUUUAACAUCCACGCACCAAUCGCUGGAAUCGCCAACCCGAUGGCCUCCUGGGCCUUCUACCCAGCACCGCAGCAUCCCCUGGCCCGGGAAGGAGCGCGGUCUCCGCGGCCCAAGCUGGGAGCCAACUUAUAGCGGGGGUGGCGGGAAGGGUGGUGGCCCGCCGGCAGCUGUCAGAACGCUUCUCAGACGCCUGGAGCUGGGACCCGAGGCCGGCUGGCACGUGCUGGGCCGCGGCCCUCAGGGAUUUUGGUCGUGCAGUGGGGGGCCCGCUGAGCCUGGCGAGGCGCACUAAGGCUGUUGGGAAAGGGAGCCAGGUGGCAGCCCCGAGAGUGUGGCGUUUUAUCGUCUCCUUGUAACCACGACUGGCCGGGCCAUGCCCUCUGCCGCCUAAGUCACCAGAUCCCCCUAGACAGAGUGGGCUCCCCUUCCAGGGCGCUCCAGAACUGGUUGCCACCAAAGGCCUCCCGCUGUCAGUGGUGACUCAGAUUCCCAGUGAUUUGGGAAGACUGUUGUGUUGGGUGGAAAGAAAUAAAACUAUGAAAAUCAAACACCCGCCGGCAAAGUUUCAGUCCAGCAAGUGAUGCUUUUCCAGCCCCCUCGGGGCUGGAAAUACACGAGAGGGGAGAGGGAAGUGUGAGCCUGGAGUUUUGCUCUGGGCAAAGCACGAACCGGGGCUCGUCCCUCCAGGGCAGGCAGCUCCCGGAAGACAAAGCGCAGAAAACGUUUUGACCGAAUGAAUGUGUAAUCUAUUCUUGAGACGAGCAAAGAGACAGAUAAAGUUGAAUAAAGAUAUUAAGCGUUAGGAAGGCUCCCGCUGCUUGCAGAGGACGGAGAGGUGGAGCAGGGCAAUACACUGCAGUUAAGCUGGUUUCGG